CAAUUUGUAUGGGUAAAGUCUUCCGGCCUCCGGGACUGAAAUUCGACACUCAAAACUGGUCAAGAAGAGUGGGAACUACCCUUCUCUGAUUCGACUCCGAGCCACUACGUCCACGCGCCACCUUGUAAAGACCAGCAACGACGCCGUUCGGCACUAUCGGAUCUUUGUAGGUGAAGUUUGUUGCUGUAAGAGUCUCCAAGUAUUUGCCGUGACAAAUUUUGUUCCUGUUCAUCUCCAUGAAAUUUACAUGUUUGAGCAAAGGUGGGGGUUUCCAAUUCCCACCGUGUCACAUGCUCAACGUAUGCGGGGUUAGGAUCUUAUUUGAUUGCCCAUUAGACCUUUCAGCGCUCACAAUAUUUUCUCCUGUUCCCACUGGUUUUGAUGCGGUGGGAGAUGAUCAAAAGUUGGCUUCAUUACAAAUUUGUAGUACUUUGGAUUCGGAAUCUGUGACCCGAAAGAGGCAGAAAAUCGAGAAGCCCCUUAAUGUAAAUGAUUUGAUUUAUGCAGUGCCUUGGUACAAAACUGUUAAGAAUUUGCACCUGUGGAAUGUGUCCUUCAUAGAUAUCGUGUUAAUCUCGAGCCCAAUGGGUAUGCUAGGAUUACCGUUUCUUACUCAAAUGAAGGGAUUUUCUGCUAAGAUAUACGUGACUGAGGUAACAGCAAGACUUGGGCAGCUUUUGAUGGAGGAUCUUGUGUCCAUGCAUAUGGAGUUCAGGCAGUUUUAUGGACCUGAGGGGUCUAGUUUCCCUCACUGGAUGGAGCGGGAAGAGCUUGACCUGCAGCCAUCUGUAUUGAGAGAAGUAGUUUUAGGCAAAGAUGGGGCUGAGCUGGGUGGUUGGAUGCCCUUGUACAGUGCAGCUGAUGUGAAGGAUUGCUUGCAGAAGGUUCAGACACUUAGAUAUGCUGAAGAGGUCUGCUACAAUGGCACAUUGGUCAUAAAGGCAUUCAGCUCUGGUUUAGAAAUAGGGGCUUGUAAUUGGUCCAUAAAUGGUCCAAAAAGAGACAUUGCUUUUAUUUCAAGCUCUAUCUUUGUUCCUGCUCAUGCAAUGAGUUUCGAUUAUCGUUCUCUUCAAGGGAAUGACAUCAUAUUAUAUUCAGAUUUUUCAUCCCUAGAUGCUGUGGAAGAGGUUGGGGAUGAUGAUGGUUACUCUGUUCUAACAACUAACAGUUUGUCAUCUCUCAGCAAUGAUAAUAAAAUUUGGGAAGAGUCUGCCGAAUCCAUACUUAACACUGAUGAGCAUUUAGAAGAAGGGGAGAAACUAUCUUAUCUGUGCUCCUGCGCUACAGAUUCUCUUAAAGCUGGUGGCUCAGUCCUUGUUUCCAUCAAUCGAGUUGGAGUUGUUCUACAACUUUUGGAGCAGAUAUCAGCUUCACUAGAAUCUUUGAAUCCGAAGGUUCCUAUCUAUGUUAUUUCUUCUAUGGCUGAAGAACUCUUGGCAUUCACAAAUGUCAUUCCAGAAUGGCUAUGCAAAGAGCGGCAAGAAAAGCUGUUUUCGGGUAAGCCAUUAUUUGCACAUGUUGAGCUCAUAAAAGAGAACAAGCUUCAUGUGUCUCCUGCUGUUCAUUCACCAAAACUGUUAACUAAUUGGCAGGAACCAUGCAUUGUAUUUUGUCCUCACUGGAGUCUGCGACUUGGUCCAGUUGUUCAUUUGCUUCGACGUUGGUUUGGGGAUCCAAACUCUUUGCUUGUUCUAGAGAGUGGACUGGAUGCUGAGCUGGCACUCUUGCCUUUCCAGCCAAUGGCAAUGAACGUUCUUCAAUGCUCAUUUCUCUCUGGAUUAAAAUUGAGAAAAGUUCUGCCUUUGCUGAAGAUAUUGCAGCCAAAAAUUACUCUGUUGCCUGAGGAUUUGAAGAAACAUAUUAGAUUUACAAAUUCAGAUUCAUUCUCCGUCUUUCACUAUUCUGAAAAUGAAACAUUACGAAUACCAAGCUUGAAGGACAGUUCAGAACUAGAAAUUGCAACAGACUUGGCUUUCCAGUUCCAGUGGAGAAGGUUGAAGCAUGAAAACAUGAAUAUCACAAGAUUAAAGGGCGAGCUCUUCGUAGAUCAUGGCAAGCACCGGUUACUCUCUGUGGAAGAGCCUGCAAAGUCCUCCAAAAGUAGGCCACUUCUACACUGGGGUUCACCUGAUUUGGAAGCGCUUCUGAAUACGUUAUCAAAGAUGGGCAUUAAUGCAUCUGUAGAACAAGAAGAGGGUAGUUGUGGAUCAAAAAAAACUGAACAAGAAGAGGGUAGUUGUGGAUCAAAAAAAACUUGUAUAGUACGUGUACAUGAUCCUAAGAAGGCUUUAAUAGAAAUUGGAACAACGGGGACUGUUAUUAGUGCUGUUGAUGAGAAUUUGGCCUCCCUGCUUUUUGAAGCAAUCGAUAGUGUUUUGGAUGGCAUUUAAAAGAACAGAAUUCUUAGAUUUUUCUGGGAAUGAGGAAAAGAAGAAAGUGAAAAUGAACAGAAUUCAUUUUUUGGUCUGUAUAUGAAUCAUUCUCUAGGAAUUUUGCACAAGACUCAGUUGUAAAUGGUUAUUUAUCAGUAAAAUGAUAUAUUUAG